UAUUUUGAUAUUUUGUACUUUAAUUGUGUUCGACACAUGUAAUAUACCUGUUUUGAUAUUUUGUACUUUAGUUGUGGUUGUAAUAUUUAUUAUGCGAACUGCUUUAUUCAACGGUACAAAUAUGGAAGGGUCUCACGAUUUUUCCACGACAUCUAAACAUUCAGCGGAUGGGAUCCAUAUGACAAGUACCGAGUUAACUGCUUACACAUCAAUUUCUUUUAUUGUGGUUUUAUGGUGUCUUCACAAAUGGAACCGUAGACACUUCGAAAGAGUAGCAUUGAAAAUGACGGGACUAUCGUCAUACCCAUUUAUUGGCUCAGGUCUUGAGUUUAUUGGUACACCCCAACAGGUCAUGGAUAGUGUAUUUAAACUGUUCAAUGGUUUUGAACCACGCAAAUUGUGGUUAACUUCAUAUUUCUUCGUAACCAUAAGCAAGCCAGAAGACUUACAAAUAAUAUUAAACAGUUCCAAAGCCUUGGAUAAAUCCAAGUUUUACAAUUUCUUUAAGAAUACUGUAGGUGAAGGCUUGUUUUCAGCUCCAGUUCAUAAAUGGCGACAACACCGUCGUCUUAUUGCUCCCGUCUUCAACGCCAAUCUUCUUGAUCAGUUUUUUCCUGUUUUUAACGAGAAAAGCCGAAUUCUCAUUGAAAAUUUAAAGAAGGAAUUAGGUAAAACACAACCAUUUGAUCUUUCGGACUACAUUAUGAAAACUAAUCUUGAUAUAAUUUGUCAAACCGCAAUGGGUUACAAUCUUGACUCUCAAUCAAAUAAAGAGUCUGAGUUUGCUGAAGCAUUAAUAAAAGCAUCAGAAUUAGAUUCCAUGAGAAUUUACAAACCAUGGUUGUAUCCAGAUAUAAUUUUUUCGAUUUAUAGAAAAAUUAUGGGGCUACAAAAUGUCUACAAUAGGUUGCACAAACUUCCAAAUCAGGUGAUCAGAGAAAUGAAAGAAAAACAUGCACAAAAAAAAAUGCAAAAUAACAAUAACGAUAUAGAUGCCAACAAUGGAAAGCGCUUAAAAGUUUUUUUGGACACGUUGUUGGAUUUGAAUGAAGCUGGUGCAAACUUUUCUGAUGAAGAAAUUAGAGAUGAAGUUGUGACUAUGAUGAUUGGUGGUAGUGAAACUAGUACUAUCACAGAUUGUUUUUGUAUAUUGAUGUUAGCUAUCCAUCCAGAAAUUCAAGACAAGGUUUACGAUGAAAUUUUUGAAGUAUUUGGUGAUGGCGACCAAACAAUUACUAUUGAAGAUACUACUAAAUUAGUUUAUCUCGAGCAAUGUAUACGGGAAACACUUCGGUUAUACCCUACAGCACCAUUAUUACUCAGAGAACUCCAGGAUAAUGUUAAAAUUCAUUCUGAUAAUCAAACGCUGCCAAAAGGAACAAUAUGUAUUAUAUCUCCAAUAUGUACUCACCAUAUUCCUGAGUUGUAUCCAAAUCCAUGGUCGUAUAAUCCAGAUAAUUUUGACGCUGAAAAUGUUAAUAAACGCCAUAAAUAUAGUUUUAUAGCGUUCAGUGGUGGUCCGAGAGGUUGUUUAGGAUACAAACAUGCUAUAGUGUCAAUGAAGGUUUUAAUAUCAACGUUUUUGCGAAACUACAGUGUGCACACAGAUAUAAAAUUAAGUGACAUUAAAUUAAAAUUAGAUUUAUUAAUGAGAAGUUCUAAUGGUUAUCCUGUGACUAUUCGACCGAGAGAUAGAAGACCUACAUAUAAAAAAAAAUAAGAAUAUUGGAAGGAAAAUUUGCGAUAGAUAAUAUUAAUUUAUAUUAUCAAAAAAAAAAAAAUAACAGGAUUAAGCCAAUGAGUAGUCUGUAAAUGGUUUUACAAAUAUUUGUGUAAAUUUAAUUUUCAGUACCGGUUCUUAUUGUUAUUGAUUAUAAAUACAAUUGUAUUGUAUUGUGUAUAGUAUCUUUUAUAAACUUUGUUUGUAACUAUAAA